CCGUUGAAGUUGGACGCUCGUCCAUCCUGCAUGGAGACGAGCACACACACUCUCGCACCUCUUCACUUCAUGCUCGUGUUUGACGCCAGUGGACGAGACCUGCUGUGCGGUUAAAUGUUUCUUCUUCUUCUUCUUCUUGUUUUUGCGUGGUGCUGAUGCGCGUCCUGGGACCCGCACCACCGGUGACCGGUUUGUUCACGCACGCCCGUCAAGAGUAAACUCUAGUUUUCAGUCGUCAGGAUGACGAGGAUCUUCUGGGAUACUAUCUUCCUCAUCAGCGGUUCUCUCUUUACUUUUGGAGCAGGGCCGAGCAAUUCAACAAUUGAAGCCCACAUCGCCAUCGACACGAACUCCACCACUGCUCCAAACACGUCCACAAGCAGCUCUGCGGCAACCGGCAGCGUGAGCACCACAACGAUUUCAGCAGCGACCGACAUCCAAGCGGUUACAGAUUCCCUCCUUACAUAUGGAGCAGGGCAAAUCGAUGCACCGGCCAUCGAUGCUGGCAUUUCCAUUGACGCGAAUUCUUCCGCCGCUCCAAACACCUCAACAAGCAGCUCCGCAACAAGGAGCAGCACAAGCAUCACCAGCACCACGGCUGUUGCAACUACCACCACGGGCACCCCCCCAGUUAAAAAGUUUGUGGCCGCGGCUGUUCGCUCUCAUUUCGACGACUGUCCGGACUCCCACCGCCAUUUCUGCUUCCAUGGCACAUGUCGCUUCCUGAUACUGGAGGAGACGCCUGCGUGUGUGUGUCAUCCAGGAUUUGUGGGGAUGAGGUGUGAACAUGCAGACCUGCUCGCUGUAGUAGCGACGAAUCACAGACAACAGACCGUUGCCACAGUGCUGGUGUUGUGUGUUAUUGGCUGUGUUCUGAUCAUGGUGUUGUGUACACUUUUACAUUGCUGGUGGAGACAGGACUGUCGAAGGCGGAGCCACGCACGUCACUACGUCUCAGAGAAGCACGGAGCGUCCUGCUAUCCAUCUGAGAGUGUGGUUUGAGAAGACAUGAGCCGUUUGCAUCAUGGCAUGUUAUGCUGACCUCAUCAGUCCGACCUGGAAACCCUCAGGAUUGCUUCCAAAGUGGUAUUCACAUACUCUCUGGCCAGAGACGAUGAAGCGUCACCUUCGGACUGGCAGAGGUAGGCCUGCUUGAUGUGGGUGGUUAAAUGUUCCAUGACUUUUUUUUUUCCUCACAGUGACUGGGACUUUUGGACUGCAGCAACUGCAACAGUCUGCUGCCAAGUCCUACAUGCAAGAGGUCUGUGUGUCUCGAUCACUAUUUAUGGCAUAGAGACCGUCGGAAAUGAUCUACAAUGCAAAUUAACUAUCCAGUGUGGAUGUUGAAUAGGAAAGACGUUUACUUUGGCCUGCAGGAUGACGAUAAUUCAUUGACUUAAGUCGGAAGAAUUCCUAAUUUUGUCUUUUAAUAUCUUUGCACACCUUUCAAAAGAACUUUACAUUGACACAUCACGUUUUUAAGAGACGAUGGUGGGGGAAACUGAUGCUUUAAAAAAAAAGAAUUAGUGUCUGUUUUUAAAGAAGGAACUCACUUCACCUGACAGGAGAAGGAAUUCAAACUGGACUGACUUCUAAUGGAUUGAAAACCCUGGAUUGCAAGGACUCCCAUCCUUACUUAUACACAAACAUUGCAACAGAAUAUGAUCCCUGUAUGGUUUGGAUAUUCAUUGGAGAGGGAAAAAAAUCAUUAAGGUGUUAUUUCAAAUGAUUUGAAUUCAUUUUUUAAUUUUUAUUCCUGAGCUGCACUUGAAACAUGUUCGUGCUUUAGAGGUAUUUGAUUUGCAAGCUAUAACUCUACUGGCACAUGCACUUCCUGGGUGGCCACAUGUUCCAUGGGACUCUGGAACUUUUCUGCAAGCUGGAUCAAACUGCACUUACUAUAUACAAUGUCACUUAAAAAAGCAUCCAUAUAGUGAGAGAUGCCAAAUACACGUGUUUCUAACUUUGCCUGAAUGAGCACUGGCGGGACGAGGCAUGCAGUGUGUACAAAUCCACCUACAUGUACGCAUGCAUGCACUUAAAUCACAGCUUGUAUUUUUAAAGAAACAACACAAAAUCUUCAUUUUUUUAUGUCAAGUGUGUUAUAGCAUUGCCUCUGCUUUGAAUUGAAAUACUUUUAAAGUGAGAAAAAAGCCUCUGAAGGUCAGUUUAAAACAAAAUAUAUAAGACUUUCUUUUGUAAAACUGGAAUAAUACUUGGUGAAGGAAUACAAAAUGAUUAUUACAAACAGGGAUAUACAGUAAAGUGUGUACAUGCUUUGUGUAAUGUGACAAAAAAAUUAAUGGGAUGGUAUUUAUAAGCCUUUGUUUACAGUAUGUGAUGAUAUUUACAUGCAGAAUAUGUGGAUGCUUGUUAUUACAGCAUUGACGUGUAAAUAUGAAAACACAAAGAUGUGUAGAUAUGUAUGUAUAUAUAAUGUCGAUACAAAAUCAUAUGUAAGGGGCAUCCCAAUGCUGAUUAACCCUUUACUCUGUUACAUAUAUGUUGUCGCGGUUGGAAAGCCGGUUUUCUGCAAUUGUUUUCCAAUGAAGAAUUAAAAAUGGAACUAUCGGUGA